AGAUAUAGCGCCCCGCUAGCUAGCGUUCACGUACCGUACGUAGUCGUCCACCGAAGUCCGACAUGACAUCAAUUAAAACAUUCCAUUCUAUGCGUUUUCGUGUAAUUAGUGAAACAUUUCGCAGUCCAACAUUCUUAUAGACAUACUGGGUUUUUAAAAUUUCAACUGGAACCAUCGUGAUUAGAGAAAGCUUGACCACAAACCUGCAGAAACGACUGCAAGCAUACCACCGAUUACCACUUCGGUCCCAGCCGUCCAGAUUCGUGUUACUUUCUGUGCUGAUGGUGACUGGACUGUUUUCGAUUUCGGUAUCAUGAUCAUCUCAUCACUUCCUAGUAUUUUUCUGGGAGUCUAACCCACGCGGCACAAAUUAUUUCAUACUUAUGACAUUUAAAAGGGAUUAGUUUAGAAAAGUAGAAUAGAGAGGCAAAGACGAAGUCAAGAACAAAAUUUCAAUGACAGUCAAAGACCAGUGUCAGUGACAAAUCAAAACUUUUGAUUUGACAAAAAAGUAAAUUUGCGAACCUGUGUUAGAAACUAGCAUCUUGACAAGUUUUGCGAUACACAGACUGUCAUCAUGAUUUUAAUAGUGAAAAUACUACAAGCUCCUGGGAAAGAGUGUAGAAUAGAGGUAACAGAUGUGGAGUCAAUUGUGUCAGUGAAGCGGAUGGUGGCGAGGGAAUUUGAUGUGCCUGUCCAUCUUCAAAGACUAGUAUUCAGAGGGAAAACAUUAGCAGAUGGACAGAGUCUAGACUUCUACAAGAUAGGUCCUGGUACCAAGAUUCAUCUAGUUGUUCGUAGACCUGAGACAGAUACAGAUCCAACCAGUGUGAAUACUUUAGGAAAUUGCACAGCUCUAUGGGAUCAUGUUUCAACCAUUCUUGCUAGACAUUAUACAAAUUCAGAUGCAGAACAGAUAUUGGAAUCGUUUAAGAAAGAAUUUUCUACGAGCAUGACCAACCUGAGUCUAGAUGAUAUAGAGAGGAUAGCACAGUCCAAGCUUGAGGCCUUAGAUAGAGCUGGUCCAUCUAGCUAGAACUUACCUACAUGUACCUUCAUAAAGAUGCAUUUGUUCUCAUGGCCACCAUAUCAGACAUUAUGAAGUACUUGAAGAAGUUAUUAAAUGCUGACCAGUGUAUUUAGAUGACUUUUUAGACCUUGAUGGCAUGGUGAGCUCAGUAACUUAAAGCUUUUGCAAUGGUACUGUACUUCAUGUACCCACAGGUGAGGAGGUGGCUGCAUUUUUUUUUCAAUACACUGUGUGCAUAUGAGAGUAUGAGGAUUAACACCUAUUGAUGGUUGAGUGCUGGAGGAGCAAGAAAAAAAAUCUUAUCAUCUGUCACUUGAACAUGGGCCCGAAGAAAGAAUCUUUUCAUUAAUGGUAACCUUUCCCCAUCAGUGGUUACUGUGAUGGUAACACUGCUGGACAGGACAGUGAAUCAAAACUCAACUGAUAUGUAGAAUGCUGUCAUUGAUGGCAAAGUUACAAUACGUGGUAAGUUUGUUCAAAAGGGUUAGGGAUUAAGAGGAAAAUUAUUCAUAUUAAGCUAAUUGAAGACAUACCACCUUCUUAAAAUCUUUUUUCUUUAUUUACACAUCUUCGCCCAGUAUUGAGAGGAACUCAUGUGAUUAUAUUGCUAUCCCUUGCGUGGUUUGUAUCGCCUGUGUAGCAGAGCGAGAAUAUAGGCGCCACUUUUCCGACGGCGAUGGCGGUGGUGUCAUCAACAUUGACAUCUUAACCAAGGGUAGGAAGUAUAUGGACCCAUUUGAUGACACUUGGACAUAAAGGAUAAUCAAGUAUUACUGGACAUCCUGAUCGAGUUUCAGGUCACAUGACCAAUGUCAAAGUUCAUUUAGGGUCAAUGAACGUAGACCAUGUUGAGAGAAUCAGUAUUGAAAUCUUAACCAAGGUUAAGUUUUUGAAAUGUCAUCAUAACUUAAGUUUUAUGGAUCUAGUUCAUGAAACCUGGACAUACAUGUAAGAGUGAUCAAGUAUCAGAGCAAUCAAGAAUCACCAAACAUCCUUCACGAGUUUCAGGCCACAUGACCAAGGCCAAAAUGUGGGGGAAUUUAUUGAAUUGCCAUCAUAACUUUGAAAGUUUAUGGAUCUAGUUAGUGAAACAUGAAUUUAAGAGCAGUUGCGUAUCAGCGAACAUCCUGUGCAAAUUUCAGGUCACAUGACCAAGGUCAAAGGUCAUUUAGGGUCAAUGAACAUAUUUCGUUAUCAUAUGAAUUGUGUUUUCUUUUUAAAUAACUAUUCAAUAGUUUGUUUUUUUCAAAGUCAGCAUUGCUGCUAUAUUGAAUGCGGAAAUGCAGGCAAGACUGCCAGAGGCGCUCCACUUGUUAAGGUAGGAAAAGAGAGUAGAUUUUAUUGCAAAGAUAUUGAGGGUAAAAUGCAUUUCAAUUUCUCUAAGUGAAUUUAGCUUGAGUAAAGAAUCAAUUCAUUCACUAAUAUCAGCAAAUAUGUGAUCAAUAUAUUAUUGAUUUCUCACAGUGAUAACAAGAGAAGGAAACUAAUGACCAGUUUCAUUAAAAAAUUGAAUGCAUGUAGCUACAUUCAAAAGAUUACAUGUAAGUGAGUGAAUUUGUGAUGCAAUUCCUUGAAAUUUAUGAUGAUGUGCUAGCCUUAUAACUUAAAGUGUGUGUAUGUCAAUCAAAAUAACUCAUUAUGCUGACAUAUUGGUCACAUCCAUUGCUUUUGAAUCAUUUACAUGUAACUCACAUCUCGCCUUCAGGGGCAGGUAUUCUUCAGAAAAUAUUGUUAGCAUAAAGAUGGUGUUAGCUGACACAAUUGGUAUUCCAUGUUAGUAUGAAAAACAUGUGGCCCCAGUCGCAACACCAAACUGAAGAUUGAAUAACGCAUGCAUAGCACAGUUUUCCGAUAACUGAUUUGGAGGUGUGUUAUGGGCAUGUUGAAUCAGAUAUAACACAAUAGAUAACAUGAUAUUCAGAUUACCGGUGCAGGAGGGGAUUUUUAAGCUGAUCAUGUGAAUUCCCAGGUGUGGUUAUAUUGUUUGCAAUUGAAUCUGAUUUUGAUUACAGAUUCUUUAUUAUAGUAACAAAUUAACUUCUACAUGUAAACUAAUGGCAGUUUCUGCAGCCAUUACCCUUAUUAAACAAGGAGAAGCCAAUCAAAUAUCAGGGCUUAUUUCAAGAACCAAUAUCAACAACUGUUACCUUGCCCCCCCCUUUACCUAAUUGAUUUUUUUCAUGGCUUGCACGUUUUUUUAUACAAAUUUUAUUAACAACAAACAUGGGGCCUGAUGGUCACAUUUCAUUUUCUAAUAGCAUUUCACAAAAGAAUUAUUCCAUGUACAACCUGAAGGAAAAUAUUUGUUUUCAUAUACAUGUAUUGUUAUUAAUUAAGUCCCCAUAAGCCUCACUUUCAAACUGGUUUGUUUAUUACUGUCCCUCCCUGGGAGUUCUGCUCUUAACUACAUUUACAUGUAAAAUAUGAUUUGUUUGGUAUAUUCAAUCUAUUCAUGCAAGAAGUAAUCUCUUCCAUGAAGUGAUAACACUGCUUAUCUAAUCGUCAUAUUUAUUUGGAUAAUGAAUAGUGCAAGCUAUAUGUAAGUGAUUAUUUCCUUGUAUUAGUUAAAGAAAUAUUACACGCUUUCAUAAAUUUAUGUUAAACACAAAAUUGCCCAAUACCCUGUACACUAUCACCUUGUAUAAUUUUGCACCCAAAAUAUGAUUAAGAUUUUUGUAAACAAAUAUCUUUUUGCAAUAACUUAAGGGUCGUAUUAAGAUUCAAUAUUUAAUCGGCUACAACAUUUGUUUGAUCACUCUUUCUCAGAAGUCAGUCCUGUGUUGUUACACAAAUUCCAUUAUUUACUAUAUUAACUAUAUUUCUGUACAUAUCAUAUUUGUUUUCAUUUGUUCUGGAUAGGUCUUCAAGAUGAUAUAAUUGUUGCUGCAUAUCAAUUUGUCAUUGUGAUUGGUUAUAUACUUUGGUAACACAGCAUAGGUGGCUGGCUGCCUUUGUAAUCAAAAUCCAAACAAAUCUUUGAGUCUGUAGAUAACUCUUUGUU